AUGGCCAUAAAACUGUACGGACACCCACUUUCUGUACCAACAAGAAGAGUUGCUUUGUGCCUUGAAGAAAAGGGGCUUCAAUAUGAGUUUGUUCUUGUUGAUUUAUCAACUGGCCAACACAAAAAGGAGCCUUUCAUUUCAAUCAAUCCUUUUGGUCAAGUACCAGCACUUGAAGAUGGAGAACUCAAGCUCUUUGAAUCAAGAGCAAUUACUCAGUACAUUGCACGCGCCUACACCAACAAGGGCGAACCACUCGUACCCAACGACCCCCACGAGAUGGCCGUUGUCUCCGUUUGGACAGAAGUCGAGUCGCAAAAAUUCGAGGUUGUAGCCUCCAAGCUAUCAUACGAGCUCGUCAUAAAACCCAAGAUAGGUCAGGUCACUGACCACGGUGUAGUGGACCAGCACCAGGAGAAACUAGCUCCGCUUCUCGAUAUCUAUGAGUCUCGUUUGUCGCGGUCCAAGUAUUUGGGUGGAGACGAGUUUAGCCUGGCGGACUUGCACCACAUCCCGAUUGUGUACUAUCUGUUGGGGACAGAGAUUAAGGCCCUGUUUGAUGCCAGGCCCAAAGUCAGCGCGUGGUGUGACGAUAUAUUGGGCCGGCCCAGUUGGCAGAAGGUUGUGCAGGCCAUGAAGAUCUGA